AUGGCAACGGCGUACGGUCAAUCGUCAUUGCCGAUGUAUAGUCUCUUCUCCAAGCUCAGACCUUUCCUUUCCCACUCGCCGCCGUCUGUCACAGCUCCGUUCUUCCGGCGGCGGCAGAGUCUCGCGUUUAGCGCUCUUCCUUCGACGAAAGCCAUCGACGCAGCGUUGAUGAAGGAGAAAUGGUUGGAUUCUCUCUCUUUGCCCUCACCUGAAGAAGACGAAGCGACUCGGGAGACUCCUGAGUCGAGUUUUAUCAUUGGGAUUGACCCAGACUUGUCCGGUGCUUUGGCUCUCUUGAAAAUUGACCACACUUUGGGUUCCUCUGAAGCUCAGGUCUUUGACACUCCUUACUUGCCGGUUCUUGUCGGAAAAAGAGUAAGAAAACGUUUGGAUGCAAAGUCAAUACUUCAACUGAUUCGAAGUUUAGAUAUUCCCUCUGGAAGUAGAGCAUAUAUAGAGCAAUCGAUUCCAUUUCCGAAAGAUGGGAAACAGGGUUGGUAUAGUGGAGGGUUUGGAUAUGGAUUGUGGAUAGGAACACUUGUUGCGUCAGGCUUUUCGGUUGUUCCGGUUCCUUCAUCAGUAUGGAAGAGGCAUUUUCAACUUGCUGGUGGAAACUCCACAAAGGAUGAUAGUAGACGAGUUGCGUCGGAGUUGUUUCCUUCGGUUAGUUCGCAACUCAAGAGGAAGAAAGAUCAUGGUCGAGCUGAAGCUUUGCUCAUUGCGACUUAUGGUGAAACCCUUCAACCUGUGAAAUUGUUGAACAUGCCUCUAGAGUUAGUCUCCUCUGAGGUUUAG